AUGUCACAAUUCGUCGGCAACUCAACACUAGCAUUCGCACGGACGUGGCACGCUGUCUCCGCUAAAGACCGUGUACUCGGCCCGCUGGCAGUCAACAUCGCCAAACUACUCAUGGGCAAGCACAAACCGAUCUACGACCAAUCCAAAGACCUGGGCGACUACGUCAUCGUCACAGACGCCAAGCAGGUCGUCGUCACGGGACGCAAAGCCGACCAGCGCGUGUAUCGCCACCAUACCAUGUUCCCGGGAGGACUCAAGGAGAUCAAGUAUAAGGAGAUGAUGGAGAAGAAGCCGGAGGAGAUCAUCAGGAAGGCGGUAAGCGGUAUGUUGCCCAAGAACACGUUGCGGGAUAGGAGACUGGAGAGGUUGAAGAUCUUCGACGGAGAAGACCACCCUUAUCAGCAGAAUGUGAUUACGAGGUAUGGUGGAGCAGCGGCAGGGACAGGGUCGUCGACGGCGGCGAGCAGGGUCGGUGCCGACCAACCUGCGCCAAAGGCCUGA